AUGUCCAAGCUAGAUUUCUUUACGACAGUCAUAUGGCUUCUUUACCGUAGCGAACCACUAUCUUUUUCAGUCGAGAGAGAAAGAGUCCACAGAUUUGGAUAUUUAAGUUUUUUCUUUUUACACUUUAGUCCUAAUCGCCAAAUUUUCCAACGUGGGACUGACUGUCUAUCAACCUUUAUCAACUUCUGUCAUCAAAGCUCCCGUACUAGACUUGGUCACGUCUCCCAACUCGCUCCUACUGGUCUGCCUGCUACCAUAAACUGGUUGAUGCUUGUCCCACCCAGCCACCUCUUCUCCAACGACAACUUCGCUCUUUCUGGUCUUUUACCCUUCCUCACAAGGCACGUAAUGCUUGGUUUCUUGGUUUACACCACAAGCUUUUGUGCCAUGCUCUUCUAUACCGCAUCAUUCCUUCAAUCAUAUCCUCUCCUCUCGGUACAAUUUUUACGAGGUCCAUUGAGACGCAAUAGGAUUUUAUUCUUACUUGUCAAUAUUUGGCUGGAAUUCUUUGGUACCGUCCCUCUGCCAUCUGUACUUUCGGCCACUUUCCAGUUCUUAGUCUUCCCUCCCACUCUUAAUCUUCCUAUUUCUUCUGUCUCCGUCGUUGUCUUGAGCAUCCCUCCAAUUUGGGACCACCACUGGUCUUUCCACUUCAACUCUGUCCCUCCCCUCCCCUCUGCAGCCCUCACCACUGCUCGCAAGUCAAUCUUUCGCCUCUGCUCUGAGAUAGAGCUUGACUCUCAGGAUGUAUCCCCUAUAUAA